AUGAAUCAGCUGGAGCGUCCCAAAGAUGAGGAGGAGGAGGAGUCAGACUGUCUCCAUGACGACAGUGAUGGGACCAACAACAACAACAACAACAACAGACGCAAGAUGGUGAGUCCAGGUGCAGGUGAACAUCCUCUGCAGUAUAAUUACACGUUUUGGUACAGCAGAAGAACUCCGAGUCGACCUGCGAGCUCUACAAGCUACGAACAAAACAUCCGUCAGAUCGGCACUGUGGCAUCGGUGGAGCAGUUCUGGAGGUUUUAUAGUCACCUGGUCCGUCCAGGUGAUCUGAGUGGUCACAGUGACUUUCAUUUAUUCAAGGAAGGAAUCAAACCCAUGUGGGAGGAUGAUUCUAACCGCAGCGGGGGGAAGUGGAUCAUUCGUCUGCGUAAAGGUUUGGCGAGUCGUUUCUGGGAGAACAUCAUCCUGGCCAUGUUGGGCGAGCAGUUCAUGGUGGGCGAGGAGAUCUGUGGAGCCGUCGUGUCCAUACGCUUCCAGGAGGACAUCCUGUCGAUCUGGAACAGAACAUCUAACGAUCAGACGACCACGGCGAGAAUCAGAGACACGUUAAGAAGAGUCCUGAACCUCCCGACCAACACCAUCAUGGAGUACAAGACGCACAACGACAGCCUCAGGGACAACUCGAGCUUCAGGAACACAAAGAUUUCUCUCUGAAGACGUACGAGUCAGCUGACUGCCCUCCGGUCCAAUCAGGAUGUAGAUAACUGUGUGUGUGUGUGUGUGUGUGUGUGUGUGUGUGUGUGUGUGUGUGUGUGUGUGUGUGUGUGUGUGUGUGUGUGUGUGUGUGUGUGUGUGUGUGUGUGUGUGUGUGUGUGUGUGUGUGUGUUGUGUGUGUGUGUGUGUGUGUGUGUGUGUGUGUGUGUGUGUGUGUGUGUGUGGACCAACAAAGUCUAUGAUCUGGACUGACGUCAACUUGUCAGUGAUUGAUAUUUGAUCAGCAUUUUGAUCUUGACAUUUAGAACUGAACUGUACAAUAACCAGUUCAACCACUAUACACCAGGAUAAGCCAGUAAAACCAGCACGGUGGUUGCUGGUCAGAGUUGGGGGAGGCAGGAUUUUGUAAUUUUGGUAUGUUGUUGUUUAAUUGUGUAAAUAAAACUGAAUCUCGUGUUUAUUUCUGGGUUCUGCAUUUUAUCAAAUAAAGUGAUAAACAGAC